AUGGCGUCUUUUGCUACGGCCUUCGUGAACCCCUAUAAUUACAUUGGAGGAGUUUGUUUCAACCCUGACAAUGAUAUACUGGAUCUAACGGGGAAAGUUGUGCUAGUCACUGGUGGAAAUGCUGGACUGGGCAAGGAAACAAUUCUCCAACUGGCCAAACACAACCCCGAGAAGAUUUUUCUCGGUGCCCGCACGGAAUCCAAAGCUAAAGAUGCUAUCAAAGAAAUCAGAUCAUCUGUCUCGAAUGAUGUCGAGAUUACCUGGAUUCCAUUGGAUUUGACAUCCACCGACUCAAUUCGAAAAGCUGCCGAGUCUUUCAUUGCUCAAUCCGAACGACUCGAUAUCUUGAUUCUCAACGCAGGCGUCAUGUCUCUGCCCCCAGGCGAGACAGACCUAGGCCAUGAAAUCCAACUUGGAACAAACCACACCGGGCACUUCCUCUUAACGAAGCUCCUACUUCCAACACUCCUGAAGACAGCAGAGGAGCCCCACUCCGACGUCCGUGUCGUGUCUCUUUCUUCGGUGGGACACAAUCUCGCCCCAAGCUUUGCUACUAUGCUCGACCAGGAAAAACUUAAGAAGGUCAACACCAAUGCUCGGUAUGGAGCAUCAAAAGCUGCCAACAUUCUCUUUGCUGCUGAACUCAGCCGGCGACAUCCAUCAAUCACCUCUGUCUCGGUACAUCCAGGAGUUAUCUUCACGGAUCUGUAUCAGUCAAUCGGCUCACGCACGCCUCUCUUCUCACUAGGCUCCAAGACAUUGCAACUUAUGGGGUCGACGGUUCAGCAGGGAGCAUACAAUUCGCUGUGGGCGGCUGCUGGGGCAAAGAAGAGGGAUAUUGUGAAUGGCGGUUACUAUGUUCCCGUUGGAAACCUGAAGCGCGACAAUAAAUUCGCGCGUAGUGUCGAUAUGGGGAGGCAACUUUGGGAAUGGACGGAGGCUGAGCUAAGAAAGGCAAACCUGUGA